AUGCCCAUGCCCAUGGAUCGCGAGCGCCGUCUGUCGCGGUUUACAGCCAAACUACUGCGUCGGUCUUCCUCGUCUUCCGCAAACUUUGUUGCGCCCAACUCUUCGAACCCAAACUCCAACACCACUAGCACCAGCCCCAGCGUUACCACUGCCAACAUUAUUGCUGCCAGGAACAGCAGCAACAGCAGCAGUACCACCUCUGUCAAUCUCAAUAAGCCUAAUGCCCAUACGGCGGCCCAUACAACGACCCAUACGGCGUCCCAUACGGGCUCCAUCACCCCUCAUCCCUCGGCACGCAUCCCCGAAGACGACCAGCUCCAGCAGCUUCAAUUGCAACCCCAGCCUCCGCACCGUGCUUCCUCUUCCAAUCCCCCCUUUGAACCCUCCCUUGGCUCCUCGUUCAAAAGCCCGACUAAUGACAGUUCUAACCUUCUCUCCCAGCUAACCCCCAGGAGGCUGCAGAGUGGGGACGAAACUCGAACCCUUUCCAUCAGGUCAACAACCCUUCAGCACCAAAACCAAGAUCCGAAUCUCGCUCAUGACCCACUGCGUCAAUCAACCCUGGAUAAGGAAAACGAUGAAGUAGCAGAUGAACACGUUGACCAAUUCCCAGCUGUCAGUUUUCCCGUUUCCGCUGCUGUCGACGCAGACCACGAGGCAGGAUCCUCUGACCACUCCUCGUCGAGCAGCUCUCGUGCUCUGGACCCAAAAGAAGACCGCAUCCCAUUCCGUGCCUUGGAAGAAUUCUCACUCUCCAGAUCUUCCUCUGCAAAGGGAAAAAGCUCCAUAUUUCGGUCUUCUCGACAUCACCUCCCUCUCUCGUCUGCAGCAUCCUCUCCGUCUCUCAACGUCGUUGAUGAGUCUCGUCAACAACACAACACCUCCGUAUCAUCCGCCACAUCUUCCAAAACUACUACCACUGUGAAACUUGUUUCCCGACCUAGCAUUGCCGUUCGCCGUCAGUCCCUCGUUCCUUCUUCCCAACAACGCCUGAUCAGCACCCUCCUCGAACCGUCUUCCUCUGGUGGUGGAGAAUACUUCUCCGGAGGUCUUCCCGCCAUCCAUCGCGAGAUGAUCAACCGUAAGAUAUGGGUUCGACGGCCCAAUUCCUCACCGACAUUGGUCACAGUUACGGAGGAUGAUCUAGUGGAUGAUCUGCGCGACGUCAUCUUGAAAAAAUACAGCAACUCCCUUGGUCGCACCUUUGACUCUCCAGACAUCAUUAUAAAACUCGUUCCCCGAGAACUGACGAGUCGACCAAGCUCCCAGGAGCGUGUGCUUGGUCCGGAGGAACCCGUCGGACGCACAUUGGACACUUUUUACCCCGGAGGACAGACCGUAGACGAAGCAUUGAUUAUUGAUGUUUCUCAGCGCCGCACACCAAAACCUUCGCCCAGACAACACAAUAUAGGAUGUCAUCUUGAUGAACUACGUCCAGCGGAAUUUGGAGAUUACUUCCCUCCGAUGCCAAUGAUUCCCGCAUCUAAUCCUUCUGGAUCCGCCUCAAAUGCAAGUAUACCUAGCUCCCAUCAUGGCCCUGUACCUUCCAUGUCCGUGAUUACAACCGGACAACUCCCUCCUCUUCCCUCCCCGGGGAGCCAUACCUCCUGGCACGCACACCAACAUCAACAUCGCCCCAAAUAUGGCCGUCAGCAUACUCCCCCGCCUCCUAUCAUAUCUACAUCUACAAAUGCCAGUGUGACAGAUGGCACAGUACCUCCCAUUAACGUUCUAAUUGUGGAAGAUAACAUUAUCAACCUCAAACUCCUGGAAGCAUUCAUGAAACGACUCAAGGUGCGGUGGGCAACCGCAAUGAACGGGCGUGAGGCAGUUAACAAAUGGCGCGCCGGGGGAUUCCAUUUGGUCCUGAUGGAUAUUCAAUUGCCCAUAAUGGGUGGUCUUGAAGCUACGAAGGAAAUCAGGAGAUACGAACGGCUUAACAACAUUGGAGUUUUCCCGAGGACAGUUUCUGGCCAGUCGUUGAAGGGCUCAUCGGUAUCGGGGCGGAACUUACCUGGCAAAGCUGGAAAUAAUAAUGAUCAUCUCCUCGAACCCCUGAGGCCGGAGGAUAAAUUGGAAAAUCCAGAGGCAUUUAAGAGUCCUGUCAUCAUCGUUGCGCUGACGGCUAGCAGUUUGCAGAGUGAUCGAAAUGAAGCUCUAGCUGCAGGCUGCAAUGAUUUCCUAACAAAGCCCGUCAAUAUCGUCUGGCUAGAACAAAAAGUUACCGAAUGGGGAUGCAUGCAGGCCCUCAUCGACUUUGAAGGAUGGCGCAAAUGGCGAAGGUUUGACGAGCAACAGAAUCCACAUCAUGCUCCCGUGGCAACAACCACAACAUCAACAACAACCACAACGCCUGAACUCGCUAAUGCCGGGAAGCCGGAAACUGUCGUUCCCCAACAAAGGAAAUCACAGCCAAAUAUCGCCACGAGCGGGAACGGGAAGGUCAUCGCCAGCCCUAGCACUAGUAACAACAGCAACAACAAUGGCAAUGGCAACGGUAAUAGCAAUGAUGUCGCAGGUGUAGCCCGGGGUGGGGGUGGAAGCCUGGUCAGUUCUAAAUCCCUGCCCGCUUCCGGGGAGGGGAUUGGUUGCAAUAGCAGCCUCGGUAGCUCUUCGUCCAUGAUUGCCCCCAACGGUUCUGCGCUGUUGGAAGCAAGUGGAAGCCCAAGUGUAAGGAGUGUGUCUGGCUCUUCGAAUGUCUCGGCAUCAGCUGGUGCCAAAAAGGGAAAUCGGAGUAGGGCGGGGUCAACGCCUAGAUCUCCGAAGAUUUGA